AUGCAUCCUUUCCGCCCUCCUUUUGGUGUCCCCGCUAGACCCGCAAACCCGAACACAACCCAACCGCAAACCCCAUUCAACCUUCAAGAAAUGGACCCGAGCUUUUUAACUUACGCGGCUUACUUAAGUGGCGCCCCUCCGUUUGUUCCUCCAACUUUCGGCUAUGGUCAAGCCGGCGGGUCUCAACCGUCACAACCCGAAGCCGAACCCGAUGUGGAAGUCGUACCGGAGACGCAACCCGAACCGGUGCAAGAAACAUCGAAACGCGGCAAAAGGUCGCAUAAGAAGAAAGAUAAGGACGCACCGAGGCGUACAAAAAAUAUAAUCAAAUGGACGAAGGAAGAGGAAUACGCGUUGACUCGGGCGUAUGUCGACAUUUCGGAGGACGAAGAGACCGCAAACUUUCAAACGGGCCCGGUUUUUUGGGAUAGGGUUCGUGCACUCUUCUUUAGCACGUGGGGUCAAGGCGAACAUCGGGACAAAGACUCAAUUUCUAGCAAAUGGACCGACAUCAACAACAAGUGUCAUGGGUUUCAAGAAGUCUUCCAACGUAACUACGAUGAUCGCCCGAGCGGUGAAGGUGACGUGGGGGUUUUAACGAAGAGUUUGGAGGAGUUCGAGAGGACAAAAGGCCCUUUCACGUACUACAAGUGUUGGGAGCUACUUCGAAAAAGUCCAAAGUGGGCGGAUGCCAUAGCGGGUUCGUGGGAUGUUGGGUUUGUGGUGACCGGCUGGGGCAGCGGGUGGGUUUUGUCGAAUUUUUGGGACCACGGUGGGGGUUGGGAUGGACCACCCGGUUGGGGUUUGGGGGUAUUUAUAGAGGAUGUUGGGGUUUGGGUGACCGGUUGGGGUGACCGCUUGGCCAAGCCAACGGUUUGA